GCUCUUGGUGUUGUGGCCACCCUUGCAAAGGUUGAGAAUGAGGAUCUUAGCAGAAUCCUUUCUUAGUACGUGGGUUUGGAGACGAUGCUUGCAAUUGUCUGCACUACAAAUGGAGGAGUUAAAGAACUAGAGAAGUAUGAUCCAGAAGGCACAAUAAACUCUAAUCGUGGUUUGCAUGGAAUUGUAUCUUCAACUGGAAAAGUAAUAAAUGGUCGAUUUGCUGUCAUAUGUCUUGAAGAUUUAAGACCAUUUGUUGGAGAUUUUGUUGACGAAGAUCCACAAAAGAAGUUGGCUAUUCCAAUGCCGAAAUUGCCAAAUGGGGAAUGCCCUCCUGGAUUUCUUGAUUUUGCAGUGAACAUGAUCCAUUUGGAUUCAAAUAGAUUAUCUUUUCUUACUGCAAAUGGGCACGGUCUUAGAGAGACGUUGUUUUAUAGCCUUUUUUCUCACUUACAAAUAUAUAAAACCCGGAAAGAAAUGUUGCUUGCUCUUCCAUGCAUUACUGGUGGAGCAUUGUCAUUAGAUGGUGGAAUGAUCAGGAAAUGCGGUAUCUUUGCUUGUGGUAGUAGAAAUGAUGUAGAAGUAAAGUUUUCUCUAUUAGACAGAGAACCCGAUGUACCUCGAGAUUAUACUGAAGUUGAAGAUAUGGUGAGGAAGCUGAAAUUGGAAACCUUAAUCUAA